AUGUAUUCAAAACACGAAUCAAUUGAACACAUUACAAUAUUAGAAAACGCGGUGGACAUUGAUAGUAUGAAAGCAAUUGAAGCAGCUCUUAGUCAUCUACACAUAUCUACAUAUAACCCUGUAUUCCCUCCAAGUUUGGAUGAAAUGCUCAGUCAACCUAUUUUUCUGAAUACAUACAAAAAUUAUAAGGUAAGUUAGAUCAUGUGUAAUUUUUAAUAUAUUGUAAUAAGUGUUAGAAAAAAUACAUACAUCUCAUUCUAUUUUUACAGAUCGUCUGUUCUUGGCCGAGACCUGAAUUUGAAUUAAUCCAAGAACAAAAAUUAUUGAGAACAUUCAGAUCUAGCUUCAACGAUGAGCCAAAAAAUAAACAUUUCCCGGACACAAUCCACACGUGUGUUUUGUUUUUUGAUUCAUGAAGUUAUCAGUUUUUCAUUGCAGAAAAGAUUGGUUGACUAUUGAUGCAAUUCUAGGUGUUCAAUAUUUGAUGACGUUGCCAUUUUUCAAUAAUCUGAGUCAUAUGGAUCGAAUAAUUUUUGGACGAAAUUCUACAGUUCGAGUGAUGUGUUUCACGGUUUUUUAUAAGAAUUAUGAGAAAGGAAAUUGUUUCAUAGAACAACCGGAUGGAUUGAAAUUGAAUAUACCAGAACAUAAUCAGUUGUUCAUGAACACAAAAUUGUCAGUUUAUUUUCUAAAAAUGUAUUUAAGGCACCCAUUUCACCUUUAUUUUCCCAUUUUGCCCGUUGAUAAAAAUAAUUAGGUCUAACACCGUCUAAAAACAUUUUUUUUCCAGAGAUAAAUUAUAUGUGAAGAAGUUUGAUACUAAUUCGAAUAACCAAUCUCUCGUACCAUUUUUUGAGAAUCUCAUUUCUGAAGAGGAAUAUUUGUUGAUGAAAGCGAUUAUUGCUUGUGAUCCAGGUAACGGAUUUUAUAUAUAUUCCCGUUUAAUCAACAAUCAUUUUCAGCGGCAACAAAUAAUCUGUCGGAAAAUGGUCGAAAAUUGAUUGCUGCUCAACGUAACAAAUAUAUCAAUAUAUUAUACACGUUAUGUUUGAACAAAGAAGGGAAAAUCAACGGAUCUCUCAGAAUGGGAAACCUGAUUAGAUUUUCUAGAUUGAUGGAGAUUCAGCAAAAACAAUUGAAAGAAUUCAUACUGUUAUCAAGAAUGUAUCAAGAUGGUGAGAUAUCUCACAAGGGAACCUUUUUUACUCAACACUUAAAAUCAUGAUGAAAUUUUGUCCAGAGACAGCUUUUGGGGUCAUAAGAACACCCUAA